GACGAAUAAGGAUGGCUGAAUCCAUACAAGCAAAGGAAGAUGAGCUGUGUUGCUCCAUCUGUAUGGAUAUUUUCCGGGAGGCAGAGUCCCUGCCGUGCCACCAUAGAUUCUGUCGGGAAUGUCUGAGACUUUUUCUGGAGAAGUCAAAACCCAACGAGGCUGAGGAGAAAGCCAGUCCCCCGGGCAGUAAUUCCCAUCCUCAGCAGAUCAACUGUCCCAAGUGUCGCGCUCCCACCGUCUUAACACACGGGGAUGUCAAGGCUCUGUCUAUGAGCAAAGAACUAAAAGAAAAGGACGAACUGACGAAAAUGCAACCAGACAUCAAAGCUAAAGGGGACACGCCAAUGUGCUCAAAGUGUGAAGACGCAGGUGCCUCUGCCGCCACCACAUUUUGUUCCAACUGUGACGUCUUUUUCUGUCAUGACUGCCUGGCCUCAUUACACCCAAUGAGAGAGUCAUUCAAACGCCACACAAUUAUACCUGUAAGUGAGCUCUUGGCCCAGAAGGUGACAGAUGGGCACGGAAUAACCGACAAAACAGUUGGAUCAAAGCCCAGGCCUGUAUGUGACAAGCACAGUCAGCCACUCUCUAUUUACUGUGUAACGUGUAAGACUGUCAUCUGUCCUAGUUGCCUAUCAGAGCAUCCUGAACACAGCAGCCUGGAUAUAGAGACAGCUUCAGGCAGAAAUAAGGAGACAUUUGUGGACAAAACUGGUCAUCUGACAAAUCUCAUCACAGAAACAAAAGAUGCUCUGUCUGUAUUUGAACAACUGCAACGUGAUAUUAAGAUGAAUGAAGAUAUUCAUACAACCGAAAUACAGAGAGCGUACACAAUAGCCCUGAACGUUUUGGACUCCUGGAAGAAAACUUCUCUUGAAGCUGUAAGGAAAAGACAUUCAAUCUGGGGCCUUGAAUGUGCAGUUUUCAAAAAUGAAAUUGAAAUCCAUUUGCGGAGAAUGCAAUCAAUACAUAAGCCGUGUCAAAAGUUAUUAUCUUGCUCGGAAGUGGAAUUUUUACAGGGCUCUAAACAAUUAAUGGAAAGGAUUGAUGACCUGUCCAAAGGGAUCGAAGAUUGUAGAAGGGCUUAUAGAGAAGCUAAACAAAAAUUGGAUGAGUGUGUUAAGGCUGACCCUGUUAUCCCCAGGGAUGUGAUUGUAAAGGAGGGCCCCACAUGUGCAAAACCGGAUCUGACUUUCAUAGAGACAAGUAACAGCCUACUAAGUAUCACUAAGAAUGGCUCCAUGAUAGAGUGUGGAGACCUCUCUGGUAGCCAGUGGGAUGUAGCCUUUACAGACGGUCAUCUUCAGACGGGCAGACACUACUGGGAGGUGGAGAUCUCUGUGUCGACGUCAUCACCGGACUCUGACUGCCACUGCCAUAUAGGUGUUACACAGGAGAGCGGUUGUCCCACGGCUAGACCUACUACAAACAGCUACUGUGUUGUGAUGGGGAACUAUAAUGAUAAGGUCUGGUUUUAUAGUAUCUAUGGUGAUGUCACACCCGCCUAUACAAAAGAAUUACCCCCCACAGGACCUCAACACCUCGGUCUGUUUCUGAACUGCGAAGACAAAUCACUAACAGUCGUGGAUCGUCGUGAAAAUCAGAUAAUGUUUACAGCCAGUGGUUUAAAUCUCUCUGAGCCACUUGUGCCAUUUGUUCAAUUUACGAGCGUAAAAUCGGCUUCUGCUCGUCUCAUCGUAGUGGGGUUUGGGCGUGUGGAUAUAGUGGUGGUUGGACUAGGGAUCGUAGUGACAGUUGGACUGCGGACCGUAGUGGUGGUUGGACUGGGGUUCGAAGUGGCAGUUCGACUGAGGAUCGUAGUGGCAGUUGGACUGCGGAUCGUAGUGGUGGUUGGACUGGGGAUCGUAGUGGCCGUUGGACUGCGGAUCGUAGUGGUGGUUGGACUAGGGAUCGUAGUGGCAGUUGGACUGCGGAUCGUAGUGGUGGUUGGACUAGGGAUCGUUGUGGUGGUUGGUCUGGUGAUCGUACUGGCAGUUGGACUAGGGAUCAUUGUGGUGGUUGAACUAAGGAUCGUUGUGGUGGUUGGUCUGGUGAUCGUAGUGGUGGUUGGUCUGGUGAUCGUUGUGGUGGUUGGACAAGGGAUCGUAGUGGUAGUUUGA